GCGUCAACGAAAGGCGCUGUGCUUCAAGAGGGACGUCCCAUGGCGGGCAUGCAGGCACGCGCUGUUCUGCCUGCAGCUGAGGGCGGAAGAAAACCUGCGACGACGGAGCCUUCACAGCGGAACGACCCGUCCAUGUACAACCAUCCGCCGUCGUGGGAGACGCCGCUGCCUCCCUCGGACGCGGAGCCGGAGGGGGAUGAACUUCCAACGUUUCCUCUCGGCAGCGGGUCGACACAGCUGUUGUUGCAGACGGUGCUCGCAGGUGGGUCGGCAAGCAACGGACGCGGCGAGUACACGACACUUCUGCAGCAGGGCUUGGGAGACGACGAUGGCGGGGGAGUUGAUCUUCGGUUCGGGUUGUGUUCUGGCAGCGGUAGGGAGCCGAGCCGCACAUUUAUCAUCGACGCCGAUCCUUCACCACGUGGCGUUCAACAAUCUGGAAGUCGCCAUACAGAGCAGUCCACACUUCGUGGCGAUGCGUCCGUUACUGGCGCACUCAGUGUGGAGAACAUCACACAAGGAGUGUCAAACAUGCGGGCACACAACAAUGGCGGCGAUGACAAUGGUGGUGGCGGUGACGAUGCCGACAAACGAUUCGGGGAGGACGUGGAGGCAGGGGACGACGACGACUUGGGGAAGACGGGUGGGAGGGGGAGAGGACGCAGCAGGGGUGUUGUUCGUGGUCGAUCCGUUGGCCGUGGGGGCAGAGGUGGCGUCAGCGACGAUGGCGUGAAGUCUGCGACGUACUGGUCCCCGGAAGAGCAAAUGCAACUGGUGAGAUGCAAGCGGGAGCAAGAGAUGCACCUCGCCGGUCUCGGUCACAAUUACGGGCGGAUGCGGACCAAGGAGUGGAAGUGGGACGACAUUGCCAAACACAUGGUGAACGCGGGGAGGCCUAAAGACGCGGAGGACUGCAUGAAGAAGUGGGACAACAUCUUCCAAAACUACAAGAAGGUACAAAGGUUUCAGAAUGCGAGUGGCCGGCCAGAUUUCUUCCGACUUUCGAAUGAAGAAAGGAAGGAGCACAACUUCAAGUUCCGGAUGGAGAGGGCGCUGUCGCCACGAAACAUGUCUACGCGAGGGAACACCCGUGGGAAGAAGCGCGACGUGGUCGUUGACGACAACCAAGGGCAGGGAAGAGGGCGGUGGCAGGCCCCGAAAGCGAAGAGGCUGCGUACGGAAGAUGCGUCAGCAUGGGUGCCUUGUCGUGGAGCGCAAGGUUGGGUGGCGGCAGUAGAAGGGGACUACGACGAUGAGUUCACGACGGAGGAGGAGCAGGCAGAGGUGACCACGUUUGAAGUACGAGAGAGCGGUCGGCAGCGCUCUUCAGAUCACACCGCUUCGAAGAGGAUGCUAACCCCGCCACCCGAGGCGCAGCAGCUGCGUGGCCGCGAAACUCGGACAGAGAAGGCUCCUGCCGUCGAUCUUGGUGGCGAUGAUGACGAGCCCUUGGAGAGACGUCGCAUUCGCAUUCGUACAAUAGCGACCCCACCGUCGGAGGUGGCUGUACGCGUUGCUGCAAACGAAAGGCCAGUCUCGGGUAGGCUGCCCGCCAUGCCGUGUCAGCCACGUCAGCACAACAAGGGUGGUAAUGGAGGGUCCGCCCAACGCGGCGGCGGGGGGGAAGUCGUGGCGGACGCGCGCACAGUUGGCGCCGAGGAGGGAGGUGCUGCGGGGGCGGGCGGUUCAGGCACUGUGGCCGCCGUUGCGAUGGCGGGGGAGGAGGCACCAGUUGGGGUGACGGCGAGAGAGGAGGCGCGUGGCGAGAGGAAAGGCGAUCGGGAGGCUGGCGAGCCCGGUUCAAGCCGGGUACAUAGGAGUGUCAUGACAAAAGACCUCAUUGAUCGUGCCGUCCUUUGGGUUGAUGACAAAGCUUUCUGGACGACGGUGGAGGGGCGAAGACUGUACAACAUCGUCCACGAGAUGAGAGAGUACUUCGUCGCCAUCGCCAGCGGUCUUCCACCGCCUACCGUCCCUCGGAGCGUCGUUCUCCCGAAAUCCAGCACGCGUGUAGGUAGGAUCGUCGACCAAUCACAGCUACAGCAAGCGAUCUCCUGUGCGGUGGCAGUGGAGAACGUGGGGCUGUGCAUCUUGCACGGUUGGGUAUUCAAGUCCGGGAACCGCCCGAGGGGAUACCAUAUGGCUUUCCAGUACUCGCUGGAAUCCUUUGCGACGAACAUUGCGCGUGCUAUGUGGUACGGCGAGGAGUGGUGCGACGUUGUCAGUCCGACAGUUUGCGCGCACACGAUAGAUCUGUCCAUGGACCUGCCACUGUGGUUCGCCGGCGCCAACAUCGAGGACAGACCGGACGACGACGACAUGGCGGCGCACUAGGAGUCCACCGUCAUCUGCGUCACGUAUGCAUUCCGCGCGGCGGUGCAAAUGGGGGCGCUCAUCGACGGCGACUUCAUCUCGCACGAGCGUC